CCUCAACUUGAUGAACGGAGUCCAGUACUGGGGUGCUCAAAAUGUAGGGAGUACAUAAUCCCUUUCCCGUUACUUCGUCGACCAGUCGCGCCGAACAAUAUGGAGGGUCGUUGAUGGUUCAGCACCCCCAGCUACCACCACAUGAUGCCCGUUCCCUUUGCGCUGGCGAUGCCGUACAAAUGGGUGUGCCGAUGGGGAAUACGGUUGAUCGAGGGAAGUUUUUUAAUCUCGGAAACCUCGGAGGACUUCAUGGUUAUCAGGAUGUGCAAACCUUCCUCGGUUCGAAUGAAUCGUUAUCCCCAUUUUCCAAUUGGGCUCCGCCCCCUUCUCAUGGACUGCUCACCGGGGCCGUUCCGAGGCCCACAUGUACCUCAAUCGUAUCAAACAAUACUAAUGAAACCACAACAAACGUGGGGACGAUACCCUUCCCACUCCAUCGCACUGUGCUCCAGCCUGGAGGGGGGAACAACUGUGAAAGGAUGGACGGACAUUGUCACGCUUCUGGCAAGAUGGCACUAUUGUCAUAUUCAAAUGAGUCGUGGCAUCAGGAACAACUGUGCGGAUCGGGCACACCAACUAUGUCUGUGCUGUCAACCUACCACGUAGACCCCUCAAGAACCGCCACCUUCUUCGGCCACCAGGACGGUGUGCAAAGAGCACCAAACUACUACGAGACAUCCCUGUCCUGUUAUCCAAAUGCGGGAAGUGUCAUUGUAGGUUUGAUACUACAAGGGCGGCCACUCAUUCAUAAUUUCCAUGUUACCUGACAGCCUGUACAAUUCAUUCCCCCUGUGGUCCCGGUUCAAGCCACUGAGGCCAGUGUUCCCGCCGCACAUCUUGCCCAAGGAGACUUGGGACCUCUCGGCGGCGGCGCUAGCGCCAUCGUCACUUCUGCUAGCUCGGUUGGCUCCCUCGCCACAGCCAACAUAGCAAGCUCUCCAUCGGAAGCUUCUCUGA